AUGGGGAGGGGGGGUGCAGGGAAGCUGGAGCAUGGUGCAGGGAAGCUGGAGCAUGGUGCAGGGAAGCUGGAGCAUGGUGCAGGGAAGCUGGAGCAUGGCGCAGGGAAGCUGGAGCAUGGUGCAGGGAAGCUGGAGCAUGGCGCAGGGAAGCUGGAGCAUGGUGCAGGGAAGCUGGAGCAUGGCGCAGGGAAGCUGGAGCAUGGUGCAGGGAAGCUGGAGCAUGGUGCAGGGAAGCUGGAGCAUGGUGCAGGGAAGCUGGAGCAUGGCGCAGGGAAGCUGGAGCAUGGUGCAGGGAAGCUGGGGCAUGGUGCAGGGAAGCUGGAGCAUGGUGCAGGGAAGCUGGAGCAUGGCGCAGGGAGGCUGACGGGCAGGCAUGCGGCAUGGGAUGGCACACCUGGUCGUCAACGACAGUCUCGACAUGGAAGACGUCGGUGUGCUUCUGCAUCAUGCGCCCGAUGCGGUGGAACGACCUGUGCAGCGCACUGCGCGCCGGGUCAAACAGCGACCUGCCAGCCAGCCAUGUGCACACAGCGCACAGAUGAGGACUCAGCAGCAUGCAAGCUGUUGCCCAUGGCUGGAAUGCCCGACUAG